AUGGUUAUCAAAAAGCGUCAGAUCCUCUGGGACUGGACAAAUUCAGCUGGUCCAGGAAAUCCAGGUGUUCCCGACAAGAUCAACCAAGUCCCCUUCGGUGGCAACAGCCCAGUCGCCUCUGUCAUAAACUGGAACGCAUGGGUUCCCCCGGAGCUCAAGGACCGAGUGCCGUUCAGGCCUAUGGUUCGCGUUCUUCAGAGUACAUCUGGCAACGAUUGGGCAACGAUAGAAAAUUCUAAGUACCCGAUCAUACUCUUUUUCAACGAGCCUGAGCGUGCUGGCAUAACUCCGGAGCAGGCAAAGGAUAUUUGGUACAAGCAGAUGUUACCCCUGAGAAAGAACAAGGGAAAGAAACUCGGUUCUCCAGCGGUUGCUUCUGACGAUAAUGGUAUCAAAUGGAUCGAAAGUUUUAUGUCACUCGUGUCAAACGACCCUCCCGACUUCCUCUGCUUGCACUACUACUCGACCAACGCCAAUGAUGCCAUCAAGUACAUCGAGAACAUGCACAACAAGUGGCCCAAACAUAAAGUCAUGGUGACCGAAAUUGCAUCCAUUGAUCGCAACUACCAGAAUGUCCUAUCUUUCACCGUUCAGGUCUGCAAUUGGAUGGAUAAUCAAGACUGGGUCUUCGAGUACGGUCUCUUCGACUUCCAACGCAAGGUUGCGGAUAACUUUGUGAGCCCGGCCGCCCAGCUCAUGGACGCGAAUGGUAACUUCACGGAGCUGGGUAAACUAUAUGUUAGCCAGCAGCCCAUGAAGGUGCCUGGAAAAGCAAAUGUCUCCGAAAAAGCAUUUUCUGCAGCUUCUGUCCCUGAGGGUGAUGCCAAAACUGGAAGCCCCGUAUCUCAUGAGACCAACGAUGCUGUUUUCCAGGCCGCCGAGCUUGCUGUGAACGGCAAGAAUGAGCUCACCGCGUCUGCAGCUCUGAGCGGUGACCAACAGAAGGCUCUCGACGUUCAUAACAACAAGAGGAAGGCGAAAGGUCUCCAACCCCUAGCCUGGGAUAACCAGCUUGCUAAGAACGCCGAGGACUACGCCAAGCAUCUCGCACAGAUAGGUAAAUUGGAACACUCUUCCGGUGAUCAACGCCCUAACCAGGGAGAGAACCUUGCGUGGGCUUCUAGUUCAAACACACCUUUGGCUCAGGCUGCAAACAUGUGGUUAGACGAAGAGAAGAACUACCACGGGGAGCCGAUUGGGCAGGGUGACUUCGGAUCUUAUGGUCAUUACACCCAGUGCAUGUGGAAGUCGACCACAAAGCUAGGCAUGGGUUCGGCGAAGGACGCGAAAGGUGGUGUUUACACCGUUGGAAGAUAUUCUCCCCCGGGAAACAUCGUCGGCCAGAAACCCUACUGA